AUGAUUCCUGUGACAGAGUUCCGGCAGUUCUCUGAGCAGCAGCCUGCCUUCCGGGUGCUGAAGCCGUGGUGGGAUGUGUUCACCGAUUACCUCUCUGUGGCCAUGCUGAUGAUCGGGGUGUUCGGAUGUACUUUACAGGUCAUGCAAGACAAGAUCAUUUGCCUUCCGAAAAGAGUUCAGCCAUCUGAGAACCACUCUUCCGUUUUGAAUGUCUCUCAAGCAGUUGCCGGAACCACCCCCCUGCCUCCACCUAACCCAUCUUCGACUAGCCCAGUCACCGUGGAAAUGAAAGGCCUGAAGACGGACCUGGACCUCCAGCAGUACAGCUUCAUAAACCAGAUGUGCUAUGAGCGAGCCCUCCACUGGUAUGCCAAGUACUUCCCUUACCUCGUCCUCAUCCACACCCUGAUCUUCAUGCUGUGCAGCAACUUUUGGUUCAAGUUCCCUGGUUCCAGCUCCAAAAUAGAGCAUUUCAUCUCCAUCCUGGGGAAGUGUUUCGACUCUCCCUGGACCACACGGGCUCUGUCGGAAGUGUCCGGGGAGGACUCGGAAGAGAAGGACAACAGGAAGAAUAACGUGAGCAGGUCCAACACCGUCCAGGCUGGCCCGGAAGGCACCCUGGUCAACUCUCAGUCGUUAAAGUCAAUUCCUGAGAAGUUUGUGGUUGACAAAUCCACUGCGGGGGCCCUGGAUAAGAAGGAAGGAGAGCAGGCGAAGGCCUUGUUUGAGAAGGUGAAGAAGUUCAGGCUGCACGUGGAAGAAGGUGAUAUACUAUAUGCCAUGUAUGUUCGCCAGACUGUACUUAAGGUUAUAAAAUUCCUGAUCAUCAUUGCCUACAACAGCGCCCUGGUGUCCAAGGUCCAGUUUACCGUGGACUGUAAUGUGGACAUCCAGGACAUGACUGGGUAUAGGAACUUCUCUUGCAACCAUACCAUGGCACACUUGUUCUCAAAACUCUCCUUUUGCUACCUGUGCUUCGUAAGCAUCUACGGGCUGACGUGCCUUUACACCUUGUACUGGCUGUUCUACCGCUCCCUGAAGGAGUACUCCUUUGAGUAUGUCCGGCAGGAGACUGGAAUCGAUGAUAUCCCGGAUGUGAAAAACGACUUUGCCUUUAUGCUUCAUAUGAUAGAUCAGUAUGACCCUCUGUAUUCCAAGCGAUUCGCAGUGUUCCUGUCCGAAGUGAGUGAAAACAAGUUAAAGCAGCUGAACUUGAAUAACGAGUGGACUCCUGACAAGCUGAGGCAGAAGCUGCAGACGAACGCCCACAACCGCCUGGAGUUGCCUCUCAUCAUGCUCUCCGGCCUGCCAGACACCGUGUUUGAGAUCACAGAGCUGCAGUCGCUGAAGCUCGAGAUCAUCAAGAACGUGAUGAUACCGGCCACCGUGGCGCAGCUGGAAAAUCUCCAAGAGCUCUCCCUCCACCAGUGCUCCGUCAAAAUCCACUGCGCGGCGCUGUCCUUCCUGAGGGAAAACCUCAAGGUCCUGAGCGUCAAGUUUGAUGACAUGAGGGAGCUGCCCCCCUGGAUGUACGGACUCCGGAACCUGGAAGAACUCUACCUGGUCGGCUCCCUAAGUCACGAUAUUUCCAAAAAUGUCGCCCUGGAGUCCCUGAGGGACCUCAAAAGCCUUAAAAUCCUCUCUAUCAAAAGCAACCUUUCCAAAAUCCCUCAGGCAGUGGUCGACGUGUCCAGCCAUCUCCAGAAGAUGUGCAUACAUAACGACGGCACCAAGCUGGUGAUGCUCAACAAUCUGAAGAAGAUGACCAACCUGACGGAGCUGGAGCUGGUGCACUGUGACCUGGAGCGCAUUCCCCAUGCCGUGUUCAGCCUGCUCAGCCUCCAGGAGCUGGACCUCAAGGAGAAUAAUCUGAAAUCCAUCGAGGAGAUCGUCAGCUUCCAGCACCUGAGGAAGCUGACGGUGCUAAAACUGUGGCAUAACAGCAUCACCUACAUCCCGGAGCAUAUAAAGAAACUCACCAGCCUGGAGCGUCUGUCCUUCAGCCACAACAAAAUCGAGGUGCUGCCUUCCCACCUCUUCCUAUGCAACAAGAUCCGAUACUUGGACUUGUCCUACAACGACAUUCGUUUCAUCCCCCCUGAGAUCGGGGUCCUGCAAAGUUUGCAGUAUUUUUCCAUCACCUGUAACAAAGUGGAGAACCUUCCCGACGAACUCUACUUCUGCAAGAAACUUAAGACUCUGAAGAUCGGGAAAAACAGCCUAUCCGUACUCUCACCAAAAAUUGGGAAUUUACUGUUCCUUUCCUACUUAGAUCUUAAAGGCAAUCACUUUGAAACCCUCCCUCCCGAACUAGGGGACUGCCGGGCUCUGAAGAGAGCUGGUUUAGUUGUGGAAGAUGCCCUGUUUGAAACCCUGCCUUCUGAUGUCCGGGAGCAAAUGAAAACAGAAUAA